ACUAGCGUUAGUGGUGAAACGUUCAAAAACAUGACGGCAAUUUAUGGAAUUCUAAAUAAACGCAUGAAACUUCUGUCGAAUAUUCUACUAGUUUUGAUUUGCCUCGCCAUGACGACAGAGUUGAGUGGUUUGAGGGGCGUAAAAAGAAUAAAUGUAAAAGAGAAUAUGGCGCAACAUCAUCGUUUCAGUCCAUAUCGCGCAAAUUUACGUCUACUACUCCGAGAGCCACCGUUAAAGGGGCAAGAGAGUUUAGUGCACAAGGAUUUGGUGCAAGAACUGUGGAUGGAGCAGAAAGUGGAUCAUUUUGAUGAGGCGAAUAACAACACCUGGUUGAUGCACUAUUUUCGCAACGAUCGCUAUUUCCAAGCGGCUGGUCCAAUCUUCAUAUUCGUUGGUGGCGAGUGGGAAAUUUCGCCCGUUUAUCUCUUGGCGGGACAUAUGCACGACAUAGCUAAACAGCAUAAUGGUAUGCUCUAUUAUGUGGAGCAUCGCUUCUAUGGAAACAGUUGGCCUUUGGGUGAUGCUGCUGUGGAAAAUUUGAAGUUUCUGAACGCACGCCAGGCCUUAGCCGACUUGGCACAUUUUAUACAUCAGCUAAAAGCCGCUGAAGACAUGCUGGUAGAUUCAAAAGUCAUACUAACCGGUGCCUCUUACUCUGGUAGCCUGGUUACUUGGUUUGCCAAAUUAUAUCCGAAGUUAAUAAGCGCUGGAUGGGCUUCAAGUGCACCGUUGGUGGCAAAAAUGGAUUUUUAUGAAUAUAUGCAACAAGUCGGCAAAGUCAUUCAACAUCGUGGGGGUCAUGAAUGUGCUAGACGCCUCGAGGCAGGCCUUACAGCCAUGGCGGCGAUACUCGAUUCCUCGAAUAGCUCUCAAUUGAUGCGAGCCCUACGCAUAUGCAAUAAUUUCGAAGCAACAAACCAACUGGAUCGUGCUGCACUUUUCAAUGGCAUUGGCAAUUAUUUUGCCGCAUACGCGCAACUGUAUGAGUAA